AUGCUGUCGUAUGCUGCGCACCACUGGGGACAUCAUGUAGCGAAAAGCACGCACUGCAAGGAGACGCAGACGAAGCUGGAAGGAUUUUUCUGGAAUCAGCUGCUGUUCUGGAUGGAGGUGCUGACUCUAAAAGAUACGUUGGAUACGGGCAUAGCUAUGCUGUCACUGGUUAAGCCAUGGCUGACGGCCAAAGAAUCGCCAUCAAACCUUGUCAAGAUACUCGAUGACUCAUGGACCUUUGUGUCAACAUUUGCUGCGGGAUCAGGUUCGCAGUCGACACCGCAUAUAUACAUCUCAGCACUCGCAUUCUGCCACCCGUCGAGCUGGGUGUCGCAGCAAUACAAAAGUCGUACUCGGCAGCUGCUAUCACUGGCAGGCUCGGCAGCAGAGCGGAGUCCAACGGCACUUCUUGCAACGUGGGAGAUGCAGUCGAUACCCCUCUGCAUAGCAUUCUCGUCUGAUGGGAGUCGAUUGGCAAUUGGAUUUUAUGAUGGCACAGUUUGCGUGGUUCAUGCUCACAACGGAGCAGUUGCGCUUGGGCGAUUCGAGGGGCACAUCAAGCAGGUUACGUCGAUAGCACUCUCUCCUGAUGGAUCGAUGCUUGUCUCUGGCUCUAGCGACGGUACAAUCCUUGUCAGGGAUGCCCACACAGGUGGUCGUAUAUAUGACGUCAUCAACGGACAUGAAGCUGAGGUGACGUCAGUGUGCUUCUCACCCGACGGCAAGUACAUCCUCUCAGGGUCCUAUGACCAGACAACGCGAAAGUGGGACAGUGGCAACGGCAGUCUGAUACCCAACUCUAUCAAACGCCAUCCUGAUAAAAUACUCUGCACAGGAUUCUCUCCCAAUGGCAAGCAUAUCGCCUGUGGCCUGUUCAGUGAUGAGUCUCCAAUUGUUGUUUACCAUGCGUUGACUGGCAAGUCACUCCCUUUUCUAUCCAAUGCUCGUCAAUCUUUGGUCCUUUCAGUUGCCUUUUUGCCCAACGGAAAGAACCUUGUCACUGGUCAUGAAUCCGGUGAUUUGCGCGUCUGGAGUCUACACAACGGCACCGCCACACACUCCCCACCAAAAGUACACAACGACACAAUCACAUCCAUUGGGUUUUCGCCACUCGGAGACAAACUCGUCACUGCGUCUUAUGAUAGGUGCGUGUAUAUGUGGGAUGUAGAGAACGGCUACUCCAACCCUUGCCUACUUGGCACACACGAGCAUGACGUUUACUCCGUGGCGUUCUCACCCGACGGCACACGGAUUGCAUCAUGCUCAGGGGAUGGCGUCACGAUGUGGAAUUCACUUCACUCGACAUCCUCUCAUACACCAAAAUGGAAGGCGCCAACCAAUGCUGUCUAUUCGGUUUCAAUAUCGCCUGAUGGGUCACGCAUCGCCGCAGCGGGUCUUGACCAUGCGAUCUUCAUGCUCAACGCACCCGAUGGCACCGGCACUGUCGAGCCACUUAUGGCAGACACCAAUUGGAUUAAUUCGGUGGCGUUCUCGCCCAAUGGCAGGUACCUUGCUUCUGGCCAUGCUGACGGUGCCAUCUACUGGGCCCGGUCGAUUUCAUUCUCACCCAAUGACAAGCGCAUUGUCUCCGCCUCGGAUGACAAGACCAUACAAAUGUGGGAUGUGGGUGAUGGGACUCUGACAGCUAUCGACCUGGUUGGAUCACACAAGGUCAGGGUCUACUGUGCAACAUUCUCUUCUGACGGCGGGCACAUUGCUUCUGGCGGCGCAGAUGGGAAGAUCCGUAUGUGGGACUCGCAUUCGCUGUCACUCGUGUCCGAUCCAUUUGGGUCCCAGUGGCAUCACGGCAGUAUCAACUCGGUCACGUUCUCGCCCGAUGGCCAACUCAUUGCUUCUGGGUCCAAUGAUGGCACCAUCUGCGUGUUCGGCUCGCGCAGUGGCGAUCUGGUACUAGGUCCUAUCAAGGAACACAAGGAUUCGGUUAAGUCAGUUGUGUUCUCACCCGACGGCGGUCACAUUGUAUCUGGCUCGGCUGAUCAAAGCGUCCGGGUGUGGGUGGUGAAAGGUGGGGCGCCUGCAUGCGAGCCACUUCGAGGACAUCAAGGUGGGGUGAGCUCAGUGGCAUACUCACCUGACGGUGCGUACAUCGUCUCGGGCUCGUGGGACUCGGCGAUCCAAGUAUGGAAGACACCAGGAAGACGCAUUUUAUCUGACCCAUCAUAUUCUGGCCCUUCCGCUUCACAUGAGAGGCAAACACAUCGCGCGAUAGCCAGCGGGCUGACGGUGUCACCGGAUGGAUGGGUACGAAACCGCAACUCACAGCUGGUGUUCUGGGCCCCUUCCAAUAUACGCAGAGUCUUCCCCGUACUCAAGACCGUCUAUACGAUUGGACCUGAAGGAGUACUCCACACGGAUUAUACCCAACCUCUGCUCCUUGGCGAGGAGUGGGAUAGGUGCUAUGUGGGCUCGGGAUGA